AUGCCUGGCACUCACCUUCUACCCCCUAACCUCCUCAAGCUAUUCGCGCCACGGCCGCCACUCCCCUAUGCCCGCCCCGUCGACAAGGACAUCGACCGCGUCACAAAAAAGAACGUCGCUGGCGUCGCCGGCAUCCUCGCGCAGCUGAAGGAGGCAAACACCGACACUCUGUUCAACACUGGCGCUGAAGGGAUGGAGGAGGGCGAGGAGCCCGUCUUCACCCACGCAGAAGAAACAAAGCGUCAGAUUCGCCGUGAAGAGCGCAAGGCGAAGAGGAUAGAACUCUUCAAGCUCGCCAAGGAGACCUACAAACCUACUGACGAUGGAGAGGCUGUCGGUGAUCCCUAUAAGACACUAUUUAUCUCACGUUUGCAUAAAGCAGCCGCAGAAACCGAUUUGAGACGCGAAUUCGAAGGCUAUGGAACCAUCGAACGGGUGAGAAUCGUACGCGACAAGAAAGGUCGCAGCAGGGGAUACGCCUUUAUCGUCUACGAACGGGAGAGGGACAUGAAAGCUGCAUACAAAGAAUCCGACGGCCUGCAAAUCAUGGGUAAGCGAAUUCUCGUUGACGUCGAACGAGGCAGGACCGUCCGUGGCUGGAAACCACGUCGCCUCGGCGGUGGUCUCGGUGGUCGUCCCAAACGGCCAGAUCCCGUUGCAGCCGCUCCUCCCCCAAGAGGAGGAGGCGGUGGUGGCGGCGGUUUCAGAGGUGGCUUCGGCGGAGGGCGAGGUGGGUUUGGUGACAGAGGCGGAGGGUUCAGAGGCGGUCGUGGCGGUUUCGGCGGUGGGGAUAGGGGACGGGGUGGCUUUGGAGGGGGCGACCGCGGGUAUGGUGAUCGAGGCGGCUUCGGCGACCGGGGAGGAGGAGGAGACAGGGGUGGCGGUGGUUUCCGUGGCAGCUUCAACGGUGGGGGCGACAGCGGCUUCAGAGGUGGACGAGACGGUGGUGGUGGCGGUUUUAGGGGACGCGGGGGCGGAGGCAUUGGCUACCAGGGCGGCAGUGGCGGAUUCGGCGACGGCCAAUCGAAUGGGUAUGGUCCUCCUCCAUCUGGCUCGGGUGGGUUUGGUGGGCCGCCAGGGGGAGGGUAUGGAGGAGGGGGCGGCUUCCGUGGUGAUCUCAAGCGCGAAGGUUCAAAUGGGUAUGAUGACCGUGAUUCUAAACGGCCCAGAUACUAG